GUCCUCACCGCUCGUUGCACGACGGACAGUUCCCAACAACACUCCUACCCCUUGAGGUCGAUUGCUUUUGUCCAGUCUGUUCGAUACAGCGCCAGAAUUGAUCCACCAUGAGAGGAGAGAUCUGCCACCUCCAUAUCGGCCAGGCCGGUACCCAGUUGGGUAACAGCGCCUGGGAGCUAUAUCUCCUUGAGCACGGCCUCAAGGCGGAUGGUCGCCCUGACCCGGAUGCGAAGGACGCUUCGGAGGGAGGCUCGUUCGAGACGUUUUUCACCGAGACUGGCAGCGGAAAAUACGUGCCCCGUUCCAUCUUCGUCGAUUUGGACCCGUCGCCCAUUGACGAGAUCCGAACCGGCACGUAUCGCCAGCUGUUCCACCCUGAGCUGUUGAUCAGCGGCAAGGAAGAUGCCGCAAACAACUAUGCCCGUGGUCACUACACCAUCGGAAAGGAAAUGGUCGACAACGUUAUCGAGAAGAUCCGUCGCGUGGCUGACAACUGCUCCUCCCUCCAAGGUUUCCUCAUCUUCCAUUCAUUCGGUGGUGGAACUGGAUCUGGCUUUGGUGCCCUCCUCCUUGAGCGCCUCUCUACCGAUUAUGGCAAGAAGUGCAAGCUGGAGUUCGCAGUUUAUCCUGCCCCCAGAGUCUCUACCUCCGUUGUAGAGCCCUAUAACGCUGUCCUUUCUACGCAUAGCACUAUUGAGAACUCCGACUGCACCUUCCUCGUCGACAACGAGGCUGUCUACGAUAUCUGCCGUCGCAGUCUCGACAUUCCCCGCCCCAACUAUGAGCAUCUCAACCGCCUCAUUGCCCAGGUUGUCAGCUCUAUCACUUCCAGCUUGCGUUUCGACGGUGCCCUCAACGUCGACCUGAACGAGUUCCAGACCAACUUGGUCCCCUACCCGCGUAUCCACUACCCUCUGAUCAGCUACGCACCGGUUGUUUCAGCUAAGAAGAGCUCUCAUGAAAGCUUCAAAGUCAGCGAGCUGACCUUCCAAUGCUUCGAGCCGAACAACCAGAUGGUGGUCUGUGACCCACGCAACGGGAAGUACAUGGCUGUCGCCCUUCUGUACCGCGGCGACAUCGUCCCAAGAGACUGCAGUGCAGCAGCAGCAGCCCUCAAGGCCAAGUCAUCGUUCAAUCUUGUUGAGUGGUGCCCUACCGGCUUCAAGCUCGGUAUCAACUACACCAAGCCUGUCAGCGUUCCAGGCAGUGAACUUGCCUCGGUCGAUCGGAGCGUGGCCAUGCUUAGCAACACAACCGCCAUCGCCGAGGCUUGGUCCCGUCUUGACCACAAGUUUGAUCUCAUGUACUCGAAGCGUGCCUUCGUCCACUGGUACGUUGGUGAGGGUAUGGAGGAGGGCGAAUUCUCGGAGGCUCGCGAGGAUCUCGCUGCUCUCGAGAAGGACUAUGAAGAGGUUGCCAGCGACUCUCUUGAAGAGGGCAUGGAAGAGGGCGAGUACUAAGCGUGAUACCCUUCCAUUAAGGAGCGUUUGUGAGGCAUAGUUGGCUUUGGUUCGCAACCGAGCAGGCCAUCGUUUUGUGUGUAGCGGUUGCACCAAAGUUGAGAGUCAGAUUGUCGUCUAUAUACAUUACUAGAAGGCUUACGGAGCGACUUGAUUGUGUUCUCACCUUGUACUACCGUGGCAAGGAGGG